AUCCAGGACGGGACCGGACACAAGACCGUGCCCAUGGACGCUUCCGCAGGGCAGCUCAGGCUUGUCUGACAUCCCUAGCCAUUCGGCGUAGAAAGACCAGGAUCAUGCCAGCUGAGAUCAUGGCACAGCCGGACCCCACGCCGAGUGAGCUCAAGCCAGACCCUGAUGUCGGCACCGCGUCGACUGACGGCACAGGAAACUGUGACAGCGCGGUGACCGAUGACGGGACAGACUCCAGCAUGGCGCUGCCUGAGCUCCCCACGGAAGCUGACGGGGCAACCACUGAGGGCAUCGCAGACGCUGAGAGCACACCCGUUCAGUGCCUGCUCGAUGCCCCCAGUCUGGACGUUCUUGGGGACGGAGCUGUCUCUGCUCAAGAAGCCACAGAGCCAGACAGAGGCAUGGAGCAGAGACCUCCCAGGGUGCCCAAGCAGGCCUGGGUGAAGGAGGCUGAGGAGGAAAGCUCUGGGCCUGCCCCAGCACAGCAGCCUGAAGAGGUGGAGCAGUGCCAGCCCCUGCAGGAGGAUCCAGGACGGGACCAGACACAAGAGCAGGACCGUGCCCAUGGAGGCUUCCGCAGGGCAGCACAGGCCUUUCUGACACUCUUGGGAAUUCGGCGUAGAAAGGCCAGGAUCAUGCCAGCUGAGGUCAUGGCACAACUGGACCCCACGCUGAGUGAGCUCAAGCCAGACCCUGAUGUCGGCACCGCGUCGACUGACGGCACAGGAAACUGUGACAGCGCGGUGACCGAUGACAGGACAGACUCCAGCACGGCGCUGCCUGAGCUCACCACGGAGGCUGACGGGGCAACCACUGAGGGCAUCGCAGACGCUGAGAGCACACCCGUUCAGUGCCUGCUCGAUGCCCCCAGUCUGGACAUUCUUGGGGACGGAGCUGUCUCUGCUCAAGAAGCCAUGGAGACCGACAGAGACACGGAGCAGAGACCUCCCAGGGUGCCCAAGCAGGCCUGGGUGGCGGAGGAUGAGGAGGAAAGCCCUGGGCCUGCCCCAGCACAGCAGCCUGAAGAGGUGGAGCAGUGCCAGCCCCUGCAGGAGGAUCCAGGCUGGGACAGCGGUGCAGACACCGACAGCAGGUCUGCUCAGAGCGGGAAUGAAUCUCUUGCUCCAGAUGUUUGUGGGGAGGAUGGUGUCUCUGAUCCAAAACAAGAAGCCAUGGAGACAGACAGAGACACGGAGCAGAGACCUCCCAUGGUGCCCAAGCAGGCCUGGGUGAAGGAGGGGGAUGAGGAGGAAAGCCCUUGGCCUGCCCCAACACAGCAGUCUGAGGAGGUGGAGCAUUGCAAGCCCCUGCAGGAGGAUCCAGGCUGGGACAGCGGUGCAGACACCGACAGCAGGUCUGCUCAGAGCGGGAAUGAUUCUCCCGCUCCGGAUGUUUUUGAGGAGAAUGGUGUCUCCGAUCCAAAGGAAGAAGCCACGGAGGCAGACAGCAGCAUGGAGCAGAGACCUCCCAGCAUGCCCAAGCAGGCCUGGGUGAAGGAGGAUGAGGACGAAGAUCCAGGCUGGGACAGCGAUGCAGACACCGACAGCUGGCCUGCUCAGAGCAGGAAUGAAUCUCCUGCCAGGAUUUUGAAGUUGUUAAGUCACUUUUCUGCCAUUGGUGUCUGUGUUGCCAUAAUUAUUAUCAUGUCUCAUUGCAUUGGCUAG